UGAGCAGAGUGUUUUUAGAAAGGGGGCAUAACCCUCCCAUGUUUUUAAAAACCUCCUAUAAAUGUCGCUGCACUUGAAGUCUUCACAAGUUAUCAAGCAGGAACUGUGCCAGUUAAUUAGUGCUGAAAUGGCUUUCUAUAGAAUCCCUCACCUCCUGCUGCUGUGAAGAGCUGAGGAGGUGGGGGAGCACGUGGCUCAGAGCAGCACAGAGAGGAGGAAGCACGCGGCGGCUCACAAUUGGACUCCCUGCAGCUCAUCUGGACAUGAAAAACUGAACUCGGAAAGGUAAAUGUUUGACGUUCAGCUACGGUGACUUUUAUUGUUGGCAGAUUCCCGCUCAGGACAGAGUGGGCUGUUGAUGUGACCACCAGCCCGUGAAGAUUACCAGCGUGCUGUCAGCAGGUGCUGGAAAAACACUGAUGUCGGGGAAGCUCCAGCUCCUCCUUCUGUGUGGGAGCUGCUUAUGUCUCCGUGGAGCUCCCAACCAGCUUGUGACUCUAACUGACACCACACAUGGAGCAUCUGCAAAUGCAGGACGAGUUUCUAGCCUUCCAACGUAUGUAGGUUCAGGAGGGGAGACUGCACUGCAUGGGGAUCAGCUGAUGGAGACAGAAAACUGGGACACUUUGGGCACGCUGGAGCCGGAGAAAGAUGUCCGUGAUGCCCAGAGUCAAAGAAACAGUCAAAGAAACAAGAUGGAGACUGGAAAUAUAGCGAGAGAAAAGGAAGCAGUGGGGAUCGAUGGUCUUCCUCCAGAACCGCUGGGAACUCCUGAAGUAGCAACGAGAAGAUUAUUGACGUUAGCAUCACCACAACUGGAAAGGCAAAAGAGAAAACAAAGUACAACACAGGGUUUCAUUCAGAGUGAAAACCAAGAAACAAGCUCGCCAUCUUCCACGGACAGCGCUCAAUUCUGGACCCAGAAACAGACCUCCUUCAGUGCCAGCCAGGCAGCCAUGUCUGACGCCCCUCAGGCAGUCACACAUCUCCCAGGAUGUGACGGAGCAGCAGAUCCACUUUCAGACGAGGUCGGACCUGACCUGAUGUGCAGACAGGAAAGGCGAGGGGCCGGGACAGCAGCACCUGCUGCUGCUUCAGAAAAAGAAGACUUUCUGCCUCAAGAUGGAUCCACUGAGGCUAGAUCAUCACCUGUGGCUCCUCCCAUCAACUCUUUCAAAGUCCAGAGACUGGCAGCAGCCCAAAGAAUCCAUGGGAUGGGUUUUCGUCAACCUCCAGAUGCCAUGGCAACCACUGGGCUGCUUCUUUCUAAAGUGAACCUGGACCGUCUUGUCACAGGACAGACUGACAGUGACAAAUCUCCACAAGGGCGUUCUAGCCUCCUACCAGACCAGAUACCCCCCAGGCAGACGUCUGUUGAGGAUCCGGAACCAGUGAGCUCUUCAAGUCCAUAUUUACUACACGUUAAUGUCAAGCUGGAGCAUCAGCAUGAGACAGAGGAGCAGGAUGAAGACGAGAACUCUGAAGAAUCAGAGGAAGAGGACAGCGAAGAAGACCUGACAGAAAGGUUUACAGAGUCAGCGUAUGGUCACAUUCCUCCACCGCCGCUGUGGGUUCAAGGCAACCAGGGGCUGAUGCGUAGCUGGCUGGAGCUCAUCAAAGAAAAGGCCGGCCAUGUGUCUGGGAUGUUGGUUCCUGUUGGGAUCGGGAUCACUGGAGCCCUGAUGAUCGCUGGCGUUCUCUACAGCAUAAGCAUGGUUUAUCGUAGGAGGAGGGACAACUUUAAAGAGCUGAGGAGAAUAGUCAGACAGCCAGAGCACCUACACGAGGACGGCUCCAGUGUCCAGGACCAGGCCAUGCUGCUGGUCAACAGCUCAGAAGACGAGUUCUAAUGUUUGCUGGGACUCACCUGAUAAUCAGGUGUGACAGAGUCUGAGCAGCUUUUCAUCUUGUUUGGACCAAACCAAGUUCCUGUUUCUGAUGUUGGCAGGUUUAGCUUCGCAAGACAGACAAAGGGAGAAUAAAAGUGCCGGAAAAAAUGAAACUACAGGGUGAUUUGAAGGUUUGCUGUCCCGACUAUAGAAAAACAAUUACAAAAAUGGAUAAUAGAUGCAAUCACAUUCUAAAUUUGGCUCAAAGUGUAGUUGAGGCCAAAAAAACAUGAUGAAAUUAUGGCUAGAGGAGGAGCAAUAUGUCCAAGUAUCAGACCCAAUGGUCUUUGUUGGAGAUAAUCAGCAGAAAAACGUGUUCAUAUAAAAAGAGCUUGCUAGGUUAGCUUUUUAUUUAGUAAACUAAAAAUGCUAAAGUUUUGUUGAUUGAUAUAAAAUGAGCACACUUUAAAUAUUUCCCAUUCUCUGAGUCGUAUUUUUAAAGUUUUCAACAUAAAAAGAACAAAUGUCUUUACGCAAAACCAUAGAACGUAGCUGAUUUCUUUAGAUAUUAGAAUUAAUAUUCAUGUUCAAAACUAAACUGAAAAUAAUAAUUAUAUUGAGGAUUAGGUUUUAUCAAACUGUUUUAUGGUAAUUUGGUCUUUUUUUCUGACCAUUAACUUCUCGAUUUUACUGUUAUAUGCUUUUUCAGUAUAAUAAGUGCUUUCAACUUGUUAAAAGUCUAUGAAGUUUUUAUACACAAAAUACACUUUAAAAUGCUUAACAAGCAUAACUAGCAAUAAAUUCAACAUUGUACAGUAGUUUGGACAUGCUGAAAACACUUACUGCUAGUUAAGCAUCUAACGAAGCAGGGUUAGCUGCAAACAAGCAGGGUGGUGGCCCACAAGGAACAGUUUGACACUUUUGUUUUUUAAAAGUUGCUUUAUCUUGUCAUUAACAGCUGAUUCUAGUUCUUACUUUGACUUUUUAAUAAGACAAAAACCCACAUUAAGCAGCAAAUGUGCCAAUACUACAAAAUCUCCCUAAUACCGAGAUGAGACAGCCAUGUGUUUGGUUUUAUCCUGAUGACUCUCAGAUGUGCCUUAAAGGAAGCAAUUUAUUUUAGGUUCUUUAAUGAUUUCAAAGUUUAUUUGGCCUUUUGACCCAUUAAUACUGGAGCUAUAGUUGAGUGAUGACAGGAAAUAAACAUAUGUAACUCUUCAACCUUUCACACAAUUAUCGUAAUACCAGUAGAUUCUGAAGCUGAGAAAAGCAGCCUAGCACUAUUCUAUCAGUGCAAAGAAUUAGCUUAUUGUCAGAAUUUGUUGGAAUUACAUGGAUUGCAUAAACAUGUUACCACUAUAAAGUGUUGCAUAUCACUACAAAACUGUUUUUCUCAUCUUCAGAAUCUAUUGGAAUUACAUUAAUUGUGUAAACAGUCGAUGAGUUAAGGUAAUUCAAAGAACAUCAACACCAGAGCUCCAAUGCUAAAGGGUUAAGUGUUAAAACUGAAUUAAAGUAAAAAAGAUUAUUGGGUUUUUUUUAACCUAAGAGUAUAAACCUUCCCGUGUCUCUCAUGUGGACCUUGGUCAGCAAUAACCUGAUUUUCUGCUGCAUGAACAAAUUCAGGAUGUUGUGAAGAAUCUUUUUUUUUUUUUACCAAAGUUAAA